UGUCUCUUCCAACACACUCCUUUUCUACUUUCUCUUAAUAUUCCACCCACUUUCCUUUUCUAUGGGUAUAUUCUCAACUCUUUUUCACCAUUAAUGGCAUAUUAGAGCAUCACGAACCCAAAAAAAGUUAGUGGAAUUUGUUGUAUUCAUAAAGGAGAAUACUACUAAAAGCUUUAAGAAGCAAUGGGUAGUGAAAACCAACAACAAUUUCAAGAGAAUCUUCUUCAUAAUCAUCAGGAGCAGGAGCAGCAGCAGCAGAGGAAGAACCGUUCUUUAAGGAGUAAAGCUGCGCACUUUGUAUCUGAUGUUGCUACUGUUAUUCUUAACCCAAUUUCUGAUAAACCCCUAAAGCCCAGACCACCACCUUUGCCUGAAGAUGGAUCUGAUUCUGAUGGAAGUAAGCAUGAGUCAAAUGCAGAGGGUGAUGCCAAGGAUUUAGUUGAUGGUCCUGAUACAUCUUCUUUCUCGGCGUUCCUUUAUUCACUGUUGUCGACCACAGUAUCUGAGAGUAAGCCUAACACUAGUGGAAAAUAUGAUAAGCAAGAUGAUCGUGAUGAGUCAAUACCUGAACUUACAAUGAGGGAACCUAGCAGAAGAAAAGGUAUACUUUCCAGGGGUAAACAUUCCCUCGGCAGAGCUCUUCACCAAGUUGCUAGACUAGGUGGCUUUAGAAAUCAGGGUUCGGCAAAGGGCAGCUCUGAGAUGGUGUUUGAUGAUGGAAGUAAUUCUAAAGUUUCCGGAGAUAAUCAGAUACCUUUGGAAGAUAUGAAUAAGAAACCUCUUCUGAACAAUCUUCCGGAAACUUCUGAACCUUCAGUUCUCCUCAAUGAGAAGGCACGGAUUUAUCUUUAUGCUGCACUGCCCGUGCUUGUGCAGGACAGGAAGUGGGUCUUGUUAUACAGUACAUGGAGGAAUGGAAUAUCACUCUCAACUUUAUAUAGGAGAAGCCUACUAUGGCCUGGCAUCAGUCUGCUGGUUGUGGGGGACCAUAAUGGUGCUGUGUUUGGUGGGCUAGUUGAUGCACCUUUAAAGCCAACAACAAAGAGAAAAUAUCAGGGUACAAAUAAUUCAUUUGUUUUCUCAAUUGUAUCUGGCCAACCUGUCAUAUUUCGUCCCACAGGUGUCAAUCGCUAUUUUACUGUCUGUUCCACGGAGUAUUUAGCUUUGGGAGGCGGUGGCCAUUUUGCUCUCUACUUAGAUGGGGAUCUGCUAACAGGUUCAAGUGCAACAUCAGAAACUUAUGGUAAUUCUUGUUUGGCACAUACUGAAGACUUUGAAGUUAAGGAAGUUGAGUUAUGGGGAUUUGUAUAUGCUUCCAAGUACGAAGAGAUGGUUUCGAUUUUGCGAACAGAGACACCUGGAAUUUGCCGCUGGUAAACACAGCGUUCAGCUGUUUGCCUUCCCGUCUAAAUGAUUGUUUCUGUUUGGAUGCCCAUGGUUGUGCACAGCACCACACGGAAUGCAGGAUAGGUUUUGUACAUAUCUUUUAACAUGUUCAGCAACAAUGCUACAUUUGUAUAGGUGUGUUUCUUUACAUGUACAGUGAACCACUUUGAUAAAAUUCUCUUUGCUUUGGGAAAUGAGAAUGAACGUGAGAGCUAACUGAAAAUAUUCAUUAAACUGUUCUCCAGAAACUGAGGCUUAACAUGCUGUGAUGCUGCUAAUGAUUUUUUUUUCCAUUGGUGGUGAAAUUAAGAUUUCAGUAGACUUGUUGAGCA